AUGUACCUCCAGCGAUUGCUGCUGCUGCUGCUGCUGCUGCUGCUCGCCCUUCUGCUGCCCCCCACCCAAGCAAGCAACACAAACAAAAAAAAGGAUGAAGAGUUUGUCUUCUCCUGCACUGGGAAACAUAUUAUUUUGUCUUUUUACAAAACGCCUCGACGUGCAUGCGUUCGUUGGUCAGCGGGAGCAACUCUGGGGAGUCUCUCCUCUUCUCUUGCUGCUCUCUCGGGGUGUACAGACACCGUACAUCUGCGUACAGAUACCGUGUGGGGUAGGCUUGCCUUCUGGAGGGGGCGCCUAAGCAGCAGCACACCUUUAGAUAAGCUUUCGAGGGGGCGCCUCAGGGCUGUAGCAAAGCGGGGUUCUGACAAUGUGCCUCUAGAUCCUCGCUUCCUUGAUGUGCUGCCUCGAGUAGAUGCAGCAAACAUACCGCUGCUGCUGCUGCAGCCAUGGGCGACUGUGCAUCGUCUAGACUCAGUAAAAGAGCUGCUGAAGGGGUCUCCUGAAGUGUCUCCUUCUUGGCUGCAGGGCAAUGAAGGAGGUGUCUCCUUACUGCAGCCUGACAACCAUACACUAGGCUCUAUCUUCCCUACUCUUACCUAUAGACGCGUAGAGUUUAGAGACGAAGAGACAGGCUUAGUAAAGUAUUACCCCUCUAAUAUUUUUUCUUUUCCUAUUAAAGCAAGUGCUUAUUAUUGCGGUGCUAAGAUACCUCUGCGUAUCUCGAGCAUCGGGAGGAGACAGUUAGAGACAGCAAUUGCUGCAGAGACACCCAACAAAGCUGAAGCUCGUCUACUCGCAGCACGCAGCCCCACAGAUAUUCACACAGAGCAAGACCCUACUGUUAUUCUUCUACAACUCUUUAGGGGGCCCAACGGAGAAGCAGUAUUUAAGGAGACACCUAUUCAUGUCGAUCAUGAACAGGCCCCGCUGCUUCGUACUGAUGCCCGCACUCGCUACGGGCGUGGCUUUCUUCGUAAUUUUUUUACUGAUAACACCCGGAUGCUGUCUCGUGUUGGGGGUUUCUUCUCUCGACUUCGGGUGUCUCCUUGUUUCCUCUGGAAGUUUGCUGCAAUGACAAACAUUGAUCUCGAAGAGGCGUUUAGUACGGCUCAGACAUGGCAGGGGGGCGGUCGGCACUUCGAGUGUAUAGGCAGCUUCUUCUCUCGCCCAAUUAAUACCGACGUCUUGAGGCCUAUAGACAGAGAUGCAUUAGUUGUCUCUCCUGCAGACUCUGUCUUGCAAAACGCAUUCUUCAUUACACCCGACAAAGACGGGCGUGGCUUUCUUCGUAAUUUUUUUACUGAUAACACCCGGAUGCUGUCUCGUGUUGGGGGUUUCUUCUCUCGACUUCGGGUGUCUCCUUGUUUCCUCUGGAAGUUUGCUGCAAUGACAAACAUUGAUCUCGAAGAGGCGUUUAGUACGGCUCAGACAUGGCAGGGGGGCGGUCGGCACUUCGAGUGUAUAGGCAGCUUCUUCUCUCGCCCAAUUAAUACCGACGUCUUGAGGCCUAUAGACAGAGAUGCAUUAGUUGUCUCUCCUGCAGACUCUGUCUUGCAAAACGCAUUCUUCAUUACACCCGACAAAGACGCAAGUUUGGUUGGGGGUAUAGAGUUAUAUUAUAGGAGACACUUGGAUAAGAAUAAAUUCUUCCUUACCCCUGCAUGCAGUCGCAUGCGCAAGGCCUUCACCUAUAAUUAUCACAGCCCCGUUCCUCUUUGUAUGGGGCAGGAGAUGGGAGCCUUUCAAUUCGGCAGCACGGUGGUUCUUGCCUUUGAAGCCCCCGCGGGAUUAGACAUAAGGAGCCCAAUAUGCUCUCAUGUAGACGUCAACAGCACUGUAGGGACUGUGUUGGGGGGCCCCCGGAGGCCCCUCAAGCGGUGCAACUUUACUGUAGGCAAUCACGGCAGCCCUCUUGCUUAUUUAGAAUAUCUUCAGGGCUUGGUGAAGGCUGGGCGUAAGCCCCAGCAAAUUGAAGCCUUCAUGCAAAUGCAAGUUAAGCCCCACUAUGAUGAUAUUGACACUGACCGGGAGACACCCACGGAGACAGAAGAGACACUUACGCCUGUAGCUGAAGAGACAAAGGAGACGCAUGCGCCUUCAGCUGAAGAGACAGAGGAGACACCUGGGCCUGCAGCUGCAGAGACAGAGGAGACACCUGGGCCUGCAGCUGCACAGACAGAGGAGACAAUUGGGGCUGCAGCUGCACAGACAGAGGACAUGCCUGCGCCUGUAGCAGCAGAGACAGAGGGGACGCUUACACCUGCAGCUGAAGAAACAGAGGGGACGUUUACACCUGCAGCUGAAGAGACAGAGGGGACGCAUACACCUGCAGCUGAAGAGACAGAGGAGACGCAUACACCUGCAGCUGAAGAGACAGAGGAGAUGCUUGCACCUGCAGCAGCAGAGACAGAGGAGACACUUGGGCCUGCAGCUGCAGAGACAGGAGAGACACCUGAUCCUGCUACCCAGGAGACAGACGUGCAAAACUCCCCAGCAGGCGUAGCCUUCCCUAUAGACCAAGAGGAGACAGUGGCUGGAGACGCCGCUGCAGCAGGGGAGACAGGAGACAGUUCGCAGCAGCAGGUCGAGAGACAAGUCACAGUACGGGGUACGGGAGACGCAGCAGAGACAGUGGAGGCAAUCUGCGUCAGUGAGAGGCCCCUGCAGCAGCAAAUCAAGAGUAAACAGGUGGAGGGAGAAGAGAGACAGUUCUCAACCCUCAAAAACCCCAUGCAUAAAAUACGCCUGCUCGAGCACGGCCUUGUCCACCGAUUUGCCCUCGCUAAAUGGCUCGCAGAAGCCUGGCUGGCGGCUGAAGUCAUUCUUGGGGAUCGGCUGCUGCUGCUGCAAGUGGGGCAGCUAAGUGAAGGAGAGACAGACAGCAACGGCGAGGGCCACCCCAUUUGCUUCUACGACGCAGAGCAGCAAUCGGUGCAGCUGCGAUUCCCAGGAAAGCGUUCAAGUUUGCUGCUGCAGUGGCCUUCAAAGAAAGGAGACAGCUGGCUGCUGCGGUAUCCAACGUUUGCUUGCGCCAGCAGCAGCGGCUGGGGGAAGACAACCCGUGGGGUUGCUGCGAAGUGGUGGUUUAGUGGGGAGACUGUCUACGUGGAGUUUUGGCUGCAGUUCGGGCGGCUAGUAGGAGAAGUCAUUGGGGUGGUGGAGACAGCAAAAUUUUUAUUGAAGGGCGCUCUUCUGUCUCCUCCUGAGGAGACAGCAGAUAGGGAGUCUCUUCAACUGGACGAGACAGACAAUGGGGUAUCUCUUUCCUCUGUAGCUGCUGCAGCUGCUGCAGCGGGCGACGCAGGCGUGCUGCGUUUUGCUGCAGAGAAGCGGCCAGAGCUCCUCAGCGUAGACCAGCAGCAGUUUUCUGUUACUACCUUCGUACCUGAGGUAGUAAAGCCCCAGUCUGCUGACAAAGAAGCUUCUUGUCCCUCGUCUCCUUUAAGAAGGGCCUUAGCUAGUUUAAAAAGGUGGUUGAGUGCUCUGGGGCGGCGGUUCCAGAGGAGGUUCCAGAGGAGGGGUCAAGAGAGGAGACACAGGGAAGGGUGA